AUGGCGACCGCCGAUAUAUCGCUCCUUUCGACGUUUCAGAAACACAUCGAGGACAUGCGCAGCCUAUCGCUCUGCAAAAUCUGCAUAAAACCUUUCUACGAGCCGUUUAUCCUCCCAUGUGGCCACACCUACUGCUACUCAUGUCUCGCCAGCUGGUUUGGUGGGUCGCAAAGCAGGAAGAGGAAGAAAAACUGUCCGGACUGCAGAGCCGAAGUCAAGGUGCAGCCCUCUCCCAAUUACCUUCUGCGAGAUCUCGUCCAUAUGUUCAUCAGCCGAGCGGAAUUGCUCCCAGAAGAUGAAACCGUUCAAGAACAUCAGCAGGCAAAAGAAGACGAGGCCGUCAUGCUUGCGGCAGACCGCACUGGAGGCGGUCUGUUCAAGGGAGCAUUUGUGCAGCCGCGCCAUCAUCAUCAUAUCGUUUCAUGGGGUCAGGGUAUCAUGGAUCACGAGGACGGUGUCAUUCGAUGUCCGGAAUGCCACUGGGAGCUAGAGGAUGGGCAGUGCCUCCAGUGUGGGUUCCUCCAGUACGAACCUGGAGACUCUGACAGCGACUUCGAUGAGGAUUCCCUGGGACCGCAAAGCCUGGAUACCAUCGACACGGACUUUGAUGCCGACGGGGAUGAAAUCGACCAUGAGUUUGGCAGCAGUAUGGAUCUACGUCACUUUCCAUAUGAUGAUUAUGAGACUCCUUCAGAAGGGACUGCUCCUUCAGAAAUGUCUCCUUCAGAUAGAACCGGCAAUCUCCCUUAUAGUAACGAGUUUCGUUACUUGUACGACGUCACCGAUUCCGAUGAUGAUACCAAUAGCGAGUCAACGAUGACCGUCUAUAGCCGACAGCGGCGCUCCGGCGCUCCAACCGGGACAGUUGGACCUCUGCACCGAUCUAACUCGGAGAGGUCUGUACCAAAUGAUGACAGCGAUUCUCAUGUUACAACUCGCGGGGACACAUCCGAUGCGCUUACAAACUACGACGAGCCAACGGAAGCAUCUGAAGAUGAUAACAGUGACUUCAGUGCUAGGCCGAGAUCUCGGCGGUUCAUCGUGAGUGAUGACUCGGAGGAGGACUCGGCGGAAAGCAGUGGUAAUGAAGGGGCAAGCGAGGAACUGUCCGGGGCCGUAGAUCGUCCGGAAAAUGAGAGAAAUGAGGAAGAUGCAGAGUCAUCGGGUAUCCCCCCCGACGGAGUCGUGGAUGGAGUGUCAGAGUCUGAAGAAUCAGACAUUCGACCACCUCAGCCAUCGGCAUUACGAAGACAGCAUUUACAAGGCCACCGGGCUAGACGAAGCACCCACAACUAUCAGACUAUUCAAACUCACGGAGCCCGGGGCAAUAAUACCCAGGAAAUGCAGGGGAGGCAGCGGAGCAAUGGCCGUUCGCGAAGUAACAUGCAGCAUCAUGGCAAUCCCAAUCGUCGGGAUAGCCAGUAUCUGCACCCCCAAAGCCGAUCUGGCUAUGGACGUCUGCUACGUGGAGUGGUGAUUCCCUGA